AUGGGCCGCACCAGAAGCCGGCCACCGCGGCACGUCCGCGAGGCGUCGCAGGCCGCCAAGAAGAUCCCAGAUGCCACAGGCACCUCGAGUACCGAGCCGGCAGCACCGACACAGGAGCAGAAGCCGAAGCUUUCCCAGCAGCAGCUUGCGCUGAAGUGGGAGAUGCAGUGGCGGCCUUCAGCCGCGCAGGGCACUCCGUACAGCUAUGGUAAAAGCUGCGGUGGCUGGGUGAAGAAACAGGAUGCCAAGCAGCUUGCCUUGCCGCAUUGGCUGUGUCGACAGUGGAGCUCCAUCCGUAAGCCGCAUGGUAUGGUGGCUGCAGACAAGGCGCGGCGUGGUCUUCAGGUGGCGCUGGAGCACCGUGCGGUGCUCACGGAGGGUGCUGCCCAGGAGCCUCGGGGGCCUCGGCCCGUCGCUUGCAGGAGCCGGGAGCCGGGCGGGAAGGGCAGCGGCCGGCGGUCUGAGCGUGGGAGGAGAACCCCGACACCGCUUCCGCCAGCUCUCUUCGGUGCCUUGCCGAAGUCUUCCCUCUUCUCCCUCUUCUCCCUCUUUAAGCCUCCUGCGCCUGCGCCUGUGCUGGAGGUGUCCGGCUUGGGGCCCAGCCCUGCCUUCGCUGGGAAGCGCACGGUUUUUCAGGAGCUUGCAAAGUCCAAGCGGAAGCGAAAGCCCGUGCAGAAGGGUCAAAAACUCAAGCCCUUCUUUGGAUGCGUGCGAGCUGAGGUUCCUGCUGCGGCCAGCUGGACGUUGGAUUGGGCCGUCCUCGGAUGGUUGGCGUUCAUGCUCGCUUGUGUCAUCAUCGUGAUCCUCAUGAGAGAGAGGUGCGUCCCCAACGACGUUAAUUCUGCUGCAGGCGUCGUGCGCAAAGCCAGUGCCAGCGCCCAGAAUUUCUUAAUCCUUGGCCUCCUGGCCGUGAUCACCUUCGGCUUGGUUUGCCCGGCACCAGGAGAAGCCCUGGAUGGCAUCGAAAUUGGGAGGUUUCGCUUGCCGCAGGUGGCGGUCAUCGUGAUUUUCGUUGUGUCGGGUCUCUGCCUGGACUCGAUCUCCGAGUGCCUGCAGUACAAGGCACUUACCUUGUCCGUGGUGCUCGUCCUCGGCGUCACCCCGCUCCUCGCUUAUCCGAUCCUGCAUUACGGGCAGGGCUAUGUCGAGGAGACCCUCUUAGAGGGCCUGGCCGUCUUCUGCGUGGUGCCCACGACCCUGUCCUCCGGAGUGACCAUGGUGACACAAGCCAAGGGCAACGUGUCCCUGGCGGUGCUGCUCACGACCAUCACCAACCUCCUAGGCGUAGCCACGAUGCCGUGGUCCGUGUCGAAGAUCUUUGCUGCCAAAGUGCCGAUCAAGCCGUCAGAGAUGCUUUUCGAGCUCAUUUGGCUGACUUUGGUGCCCUUGGUCGUGGGGAUGGGACUUCGGGAGGUGUGGCCAGCAGCCAAGAGCUUUGCGAAGACCAACAAGAAGGUUCUCGGCCUUUGCCAAAACAGUUGCAUCUUGUUGGUGGUCCUCCUGAUGACUUCCAGCGCUCAGCCGAAGAUCGUCUCGACAGAUUCCUAUGACCUGUCUUGCGCCUUGGGCAUCGCUGCCGGCAUCCACCUGGUCUAUCGUGUUGUGGGCUACUUCUCAGCAACGGCGGCGGUGCUGGAGCCCCGCGAGUGGGUGACCGUGGUGCUGAUGUCCAGCCAGAAGUCGCUGCCUGUCUGUGUCUCCGUGAUGUCAGCCCUGCCGCCUGUUCUUCGUGCCAACUCCGGGCUGAUGAUUGUUCCUUGCAUCAUGGCUCACGCCUCCCAGCUGAUCAUCGACUCCAUCCUGGCAGUCCGCUGGGAGGUGAAGGAGGAGAAGCAGGCUCCCCUCCUCCCCUCCUGA